AUGCAAAUUCCCAAUGAAUAUGUCUCAACAGCAGAGGAUAUUGCUGAUCAGGUCAUCAGAAAAGGCAAACACAUAUUACCCACAGUGGCACGACUGUGUCUCAUUUCAACUUUUUUGGAAGAUGGCCUUAGAAUGUGGUUUCAAUGGUCAGAACAAAGAGACUAUAUGGACAUGUCAUGGAACUGUGGAAAAUUUUUAGCAACUAUGUUUGUGAUAAUCAACUUAUUAGGUCAGCUCGGUGGCUGCGUCAUGGUCCUGGGAAGGUUAAAAGUUGACAUUGCAUGUGGAUUACUGUUCUUCAUUGUCGUAUUACAGACAUUCGCCUACAGUAUACUUUGGGACAUGCAGUUCUUACUCCGUAAUCUGGCCCUCAUCGGAGCCCUACUGCUCGUACUAGCGGAAGCUCGCGCAGAGGGGAGAAGUCUCUUUGCUGGAGUACCUUCAUUGGGCGAGAACAAGCCUAAGACUUAUUUGCAACUAGCUGGUCGCAUCCUAUUGGCUUUCAUGUUUAUCACAUUGUUGAGAUUUGAAGUUUCCUUCUUACAGAUCGUGCAAGACUUGCUCGGCAGCGUACUCAUGGUCUUGGUGACGAUCGGUUACCGCACCAAGCUGUCGGCUCUCAUGUUGGUGCUAGUGCUCACCGUCCUCAACCUCUACCACAAUGCUUGGUGGGCUAUACCCAACUAUAAGCCUCUGAGGGACUUCCUCAAGUACGACUUCUUCCAGACCUUAUCGGUGAUCGGCGGUCUCCUCAUGAUAGUGUACUUAGGGCCCGGCGGCGUCAGUAUGGACGAGCACAAGAAGAAGUGG